GCCUCAUCUUUCGUGGACUUCCGUCACGGGAAGGUCGAAUUAUUUCUUCUGUUCAGGUCGAUUAGCGCUAUUCCACAUGCUUAUUCCGCUGUUUCCCGCUCGGUAACGUUUACCCGAGAAAUCCGUAGGCUUAUCUAAAGUUUCCAGAACGUUGUGUUCCGUCUCCAUGGCAACAGGCACGCAAGAAGGGACAAGGACCCUCCGGCUGAAGAGGUCCUUACUAACGUGGAGGUUCCUAAUACAGUGCCUGCCCAAUGUUUAGAUGGUCCGCCUUCUCUUAGCGUUUGUAAGUGGCUGAGGCUCUACAGUGGCGUUAGGCUUAUUUUCUGUCUGUAGUUAUUUUCUGCUCAGGCACUGUUUAGCCACCCUGUUAAAUUCCAGCCUCUGACAGCUUGCUGUUGUUGAGUUGGCAUUUCUUUCGUGGCUGCUGGACUGUGAAGGGAAGGAAUAUAAGGAUCUCUGUUUUCUGGGCAAACAACCAGGGCUGCUAGGACUAGAAGAAGUUUCUCGGCUACUCCCGCCUGCUUGCUACAAAUACUUACAUAUUUAUUAUAAAGCUAUACUUUUCAUCCAGAACAAAAGGAGGAAAUGACAUUCAGAAAAGUAAACAUUUUCAUCCUGGUACUUGCUGUUGUUAUAUUUCUGUUAGUGCUGCAUCACAAUAUACUAGGUCUCAGUGACCUAUUGAAAAGGGAAUUGUCAGAUUCAAGUCCUUUAGGUCUUCAGCCAAUAGAUUUUAUUCCUGAGGCUCUUCAAAGGUUGAUGGAUGAUCAAAAUGACAAAGAAAUACCUGUGGUCAUUACAGCUUCUGAUGACAGGCUUGGGGGUGUAAUUGCAGCUAUGAACAGCAUUCACCAAAACACCAAGUCCAAUGUGGCAUUCCAUAUUGUCACUUUGAAUGAUACAGUGGACCAUUUGAGGUCAUGGCUUAGUAAAACAAGUCUGAAAAAUGUGAAAUACCGAAUUUUGGAUUUUGACCCCCAUUUAUUGGAUGGGAAAGUAAGGACUGAUUCAGAAAUGCCAGAUUCAGUAAAGCCUCUAACCUUUGCAAGAUUCUACCUGCCUAACUGGGUCCCUAAUGCAGAAAAGGCUAUUUAUUUGGAUGAUGAUGUGAUUGUGCAAGAUGAUAUCCUUGAACUUUAUAACACUAAACUGCAACCUGGCCAUGCAGCUGCAUUCUCAGAUGAUUGUGACUCUACCACAAACAAGGUUGCAGUUCGUGGAGCAGGAAACCAGUAUAAUUACAUUGGAUUUCUUGAUUAUAAAAAAGAAGCCAUUCGGAAGCUGUCCAUGAAAGCAAGUACAUGCUCUUUCAAUCCAGGUGUAUUUAUUGCUAAUCUGACUGAAUGGAAGAUACAGAAUGUCACUAAACAACUGGAGAAAUGGAUGGCACUUAAUGUGGUAGAGGAGAUAUACAGUAGGACGCUUGCAGGCAGCAUCACCACACCCCCUCUGCUCAUUGUGUUUUACAAGAGGCAUUCAAACUUUGAUCCCAUGUGGAAUGUACGCCAUCUGGGUUCUAGUGCUGGUAAAAGAUACUCGCCACAGUUUGUGAAAGCUGCAAAACUACUCCACUGGAAUGGACAUUUCAAACCCUGGGGAAGGACAGCAUCCUAUGCGGAAGUCUGGGAAAAAUGGUACAUUCCAGACCCUACCAACAAAUUCAACCUGAUCCGGAGGCACACUGAUAUCUAUGAAACAAAGUAAAUGGAUCUGAUACACUUGCAUUCUCAGGAAAUUUACCAGUCCACUGAGAUCAGCAAUACUACAUCCAUCAUUUUGUAUUUAAAUGGAAAAACUCUUAAAUACUUGAAAUUGCAUGCUUCGAGGAGCUGGCUUUCUGUAAAUAAUGCCAUUCUAGUGGAGCAGAUAGUACCUCCAUGAACAAGCAUUUUGGAACUUAAUAGAUUGCUCCUGAAUAACCGUCCAAGGCUAAAAGGCAUGUGACAAAAUAAAUUCCUGGACAAUGGCCACAUAUCUUGCAUGGUAAUCUAAUAUGCUGAAAAUCUGUUAUCUCUCUUUCUUUUGACUUAACCUGUGAAUCUAAGUUAAACAUCUUCUACUGGUGGAUGAUCAGUUCAAAUCUCUAAAUCACAUUUAACUGGUGAAAACUUUUAUCAGAAUUAGGUCUCUUGUGAUUAAUAAAAAAAUAUUUUAUUGAUUUGCAAGGUUACCCCAACAAUUCUAAAGGAAUAAUUUUUAAAACUGUGGAAGCAGCUGCUCAAAUUUACUAAGAAUUUCUUAAUUUGAAUCUUUUUUUGUGAAUAGUAAUUUGUCCUUACUAAACACGUUUGCACAUCAGUUAACUCAUGUCACAUCAAUGCAUUUGUUUUCUUGAUGACAAUGUAUGCUAACUAGUUUAUUAUUAAAUAUGCUGACUGAAAAUGUAAUAAACAAUACUGUUUUUUGCA